ACUCGUUUAGGCCACACUGUUUGGUGAUUUGAGUGGACAAGAGAUCAAAACAAUGGUUUCCACCACAGAACUACAAAAGACAAAGGGAACUUUCCUUCACAAGUUAACAGCAAGAGCGAUCAUCAGAGACUAUGAAGAUGGCAUUCUAGGCAACAGUGAGGCAGAACACGAGGGGAAGAAAGCAGAGCUGAAGUCCUACAUCACUGAGCUCAGUAAAGAGUUCUCCAUCUUGUCCCAGUUCACAAGUUUUGUCGCCAUUGAAGAGAGGGACCAGAAUGAGCUUGACACUGGAUUCACAGAUAUUCCUAAAAUCAUAUCAGAAGACAAUGUGGAUAUUUUGCCAUAUAUGGGCUGGACUGAAGAGAAGCUGAAGACUGUGCAUAUUAUUGUUGCUGAAGAUGGCAUACCGAUGGAAUCAGAGCGAUGCAGCAGUAGCUCCACAUCUGAAGAAAUUCUGGGUUCUGCUCAUGAAGCAGCUGAUUUUGAUGAUGAUGAUUCAGAGGAUGACUAUGAAUCUGUUAAUGAUUUUAUAGAACAAGCAUCAGCAGUUAGCCGUGCUCUUCCUCGCUCCAAAAGCCUCUGGCGUCCUUCACGUUUUGAAGGUAGCACUGACACUUUCAGAGGCUGUCUGAAAACUAAACCUGUUGUAACAUAUCCCCAUCACCUUUCCAUCGAGCAUGGUGCAUUAAUGGAUGCUCCCAGUCCCCUUUUUCUACAGGAGUUAGGAGAACCUCUCUGCAUGGAUAACAGACUUUCUCCUCCUCCUCCUUCUGGUGGUGCCUCCAUGAGUGUCAGACAUCCCCCUCCAGAUGCCUCCCAGGUUACAGCCUCGAUGCCUCCUCUCCUUGACCUUCCCUGUUACUUUGAGGCAGUGGAAUCUCUCUUAGAUUACAGCCUUGAUUUCCACACUCCCAUAGGUGCCUCAGUGGAUGCUCUUCGUCCGCAAUGUCGUCAUCUCCGUCAUGAGUUAAUGGAACCUCCCUCCAUGGUUCUCCCUCCCCCUGCCACCCAGCUUUCCUCUGCCACAGAGUUCGCCACCGAGCUUUAUACCUCAACUACUCCUGUCUGUGCAGAUCUUCCUCAUCCUCCUCGUCUUGCAUCUCAGCAAUUCAUGUCCAUGACUUCCAGCCCUGCUCCUCCUCCUACUCUUUUUGGCAGUGUGGGCGCAUCUUUUUCCAGGAGGCACAGGGCUGCUGCCCCCAUUGUCUUUGAUCAACCCGCAAUGUCUGCACCACCCUCUCUCCCUCGAUCUGGUGGCUUUGGUGGUUUCCUCCAACAAUCGAAUGAGUCUUUGGGUUUUGGUUCCUCAGACUCUGGACUCUUUGGAGCAUCUCUGCAGAAUCUAGCCACUCUGAGUUCUGCAUCUUCUACACACAGUGCCGCUUUCACCCCGGCUCCCCCUCUUCCUGCUCACUCUGUUCUCUUUGGUCAACCUACAGUUCCCAAGUAUGCUACUGGCAUGUCAAAUGCGGUUGCAUAUGGGAGCACUACUGGUGUUCUGCAAAAGACAACUGAGCCUGAACAGUAUCGUGGUUUCUCAGUUUCUAGCUUUGGAGCAUCUCAGCAACAACAAAAAUACCCUGUGUUUUCUGCAGCUGCUGGAGCCAAAGUCAUUCCUAAGCUUAGAGGGAAAAUGGCUCUGUCAUUUCGGGGAAAACAAAUAAGCAGACCUCACACAGUGGCCUGGAAUGAGCUGUUUGAACUUCAACAUGAGGAUGGAUACUGGGAGUGCACUGACAGGCUGAGCAGCUUCCUCAACCUGGACGUAGACUUUUUUGCCAAUGUCUUCCUUAAGGAGAAAGGCAUCCGUUCUUUUGGUGUGAAGGCUCAUGCUGACAUUCUGAGGCUGGUGGCGACUCUUCUGGUGCUGCAGCUGAUCCGGGUGAAGAAGCUGGCAGUGGGACAGCUGCUCGAGUCUCUCCUCCGGCUGAAAGAGUCCCAGGAGCCCAGACCGAUGUACUGGGAAGCAGUGAAGAGGGCCGUGGCCUGGGCCUGCCGGACAGACAGACAGUAUCCGUGUGUGUGCAGCAGGCUGGAGAUCGGCCGGGAUUGGGAAUCAUCUACACGUCAACUACUGGGCUGUGAUUCUCCACACCCAUAUUCCCCACUCAAACCUGUUCUGGAGAGACGUACGGGUGUAUCAGUCAUGUAGAAACUGGACAGACACUUCCCUCUUCAUUGACAGUUGCUGCUUCACUUGCUGUUUGCUUAAUAUUGCUUGCUUAAUAAAUGUCUUUAUGAGACUUUGAGCUUUAUAGUGCUCUCAAAAAUAUAUCUGGACUCCUGGACUUCAUAAGAUGCUUGAAUUUCAUUGCAUUUAAAAGAAAAUAUGAAAACGAGUGCCCUUUUUGCUAACCUUUUUUUUUUCAGAACUAGACAUUUGUUCAGUUACUUGUAAUCAAGUGUCGCUGUGAUUUUUAGUGGACGUAUGAAGUCAUUUCUCCUCAAGUUCACACAGAUGUCCUAGCAGAGCAACAAACAGCUGUAGAUGCAGUAUGUUGUUUUAUCAUUAAAAGCUUAAAUUCUAUUUGUGAAAUGUUUUACUGACAAGUGUGCAUGUGCUGUCUU